AGUGAGAGCUGGUCUGCCUUGACUUCUUGCCGGUGUCAGUCAAAACUCAUUUGACAACGGAGUCCUGUCUUGAGGAGGAAAGGCUGGUCGCUGGUUGUUCCUUGACCGCUCUUUUAAUAAAACCGCUUGUUCAGAAUCAGAGACCUGAAUUAGGAGGGAAGACAAGACAAUUUGCAAUGUGGUGGAAAAGGAAACUUCUGUCUUCUCAUUCGCAGACUGUCUACGAAGUCGUGACGGUGACAGGAGACGUCCGAGGAGCGGGGACCGAUGCCAAUGUCUUUGUUACUCUCUUUGGAGAAUUUGGCAUCACUCCGAAAGCCCAUCUGACCAGCAAGAGCAGCUCUGCCUUUGAGAGGAGCAAAACGGAUGUGUUUCGGGUGAGAACCAACAACGUUGGGACAAUCAGGAAAAUAAGAAUUGAACAUGACAACACAGGGAUGAAUGCCAGCUGGUUUCUGGAUCGUGUGAUAGUGACGGACAUGAACAGGCCCCACCUCCGCUUCUACUUCCCGUGCAACAAUUGGCUGAGCAAGGAUGAGGGUGACGGACUCUAUGUCAGAGAUCUUAUCGGUAGCCUUAACCCCAUGGAUGUUCCCAAAGUGAACAAAUAUGUGGUCAAAGUUUUUACAGGAGAUCUAAGUGGCAGUGGAACAGAUGCAGAUGUUUUUAUUAACCUUUUCGGCCAAAAUGGAGACACAGGAGAGCGGAGGCUGGACAACGACAAGGACAAUUUUGAGAAAGGUGCGGAAGACAAGUUCACCCUUGAUGCUCCCAACCUGGGAAAGUUGAGGAAGAUCACCAUAGGCCACAACAACAAGGGAGGCUCUGCCGGGUGGUUCUUGUCUAAGGUUAUCAUUGAGGACAUAGGCAACAAAUGUAUUUACAACUUCCCAUGCGGCCGCUGGUUUGCUCUGGAUGAAGAUGAUGGGAAAAUCCAGCGGGAUAUUCUAGUGGGAGGAACAGAGGCUACAGGCAUUGUCUACAACGUGGCUGUGGUGACUGGGGACAUCAGAGGGGCUGGCAACUCCAAAAUCCAUAUGGUCAUGCACGGCUCCAAAGGGCUGAAGAACAGCGGGAAGGUCUUCCUGGAAGGAGGCGAGUUCGAGCGUGCCAGGACCGAUCUUUUCAACGUGGAGAUAGCUGCUCUCCUGAGUCCCUUGAGCCGCGUCUCAAUUGGACACGACAAUGCAGGUGUCGGCUGCGGCUGGUACUGCGAGAAGGUGGUGGUGUAUUGCCCAUUUACCGGUAUCGAACAGACCUUCCCGUGUGGGAAGUGGCUGGAUGAGGAUGACGGUGAUGGACUGGUGGAACGGGAGCUGUACGAAAUGGUCUCGCUGCGUAAGAAGAGACUGAAAAAAAACCCUUGGUCCCUGUGGAUUUGGACAAGUGAUAUUAAGGGCGCAGGGACAGACGCCCCCAUCUUCCUCCAGGUUUACGGUGACAAAGGAAAGUCCGACGAAAUGAAGCUGGACAAUAACUCUGAUAACUUUGAAGCUGGACAAACGGACAAAUUCAUGAUUGAGCUCCCAGAUCUGGGCAAUUUGUACAAGAUCCGGAUAUGGCACGAGAAGAGGAGCCCAUUUGCUGGCUGGCAUCUACAUAAGGUAACCCUUUUGAAAACCCUGACGAAAGAGAAGUACACAUUCAACUGUGACCGCUGGCUGGAUAGCAACGAGGACGACAACGAGAUUGUGCGGGAGCUAACAGCCGAAGGCCCACAGGUGGCUGAAGUGAAGCCAGUGAAAAAGUACCGGGUCGUUGUUCACACCGGGAUGGUGAGUGGAAGCGGUACAGAUGCCAACGUCUUCACUUGCCUCUAUGGGGAUCAGGGAGACACCGGAGACCGCGUCCUGCAGAACAGCGUGAACGCGAUCAAUAAAUUUGAGAAGGGCAAUGCCGAUGAGUUCAUCAUUGAGGCGGUCGACCUGAAGCAGGUGAGAAGGGUGAGGAUAGGGCAUGACGGCAAAGGAGGAAGCAGCGGCUGGUACCUUGGCAAAGUGAUAGUGAGGGAAGAUGGACAGCCAGAGAGUGAGGAUCAAGAAUUCCCCUGCUACAGAUGGCUUGACAAGAAUGAGGAUGAUGGCAUGAUUAUUCGAGAGUUAGUUCCAGCUGGGAGAUCAUCUAUUCUGGAAAAUAUCGGUUACCACAUCAGCAUAAAAACAGGGGACGUCCCUGGAGCCAGCUCAGAUUCAAAGGUUUUGAUCAAGCUCUACGGUGAAAAAGCAGACACGAAAAAGGAGACGCUUUUGGUGUCUGAUAAUGACUUAGAGGACUACUUUGAACGAGGACGGAUCGAUAUCUUCACUCUUGACACAAUGGACAUUGGGGAGAUCAAGCGGAUUUCCAUCGGGCACGACAAUGUAGGACUCCGAGCUGGCUGGCACCUUGGCAGUGUUGAGAUUUCAAUUCCUGUCCACGGCAAGCAGUACAACUUCCCUUGCAACCGGUGGCUGGACAAAACCGAAGCCGAUGGAAAGGUAGAGAUUGAAGUCUACCCCAGCGAGAUCGUCCCAAUUGAGAAACUGAUAAAUUACGAGGUGUGUGUUGUGACUGGCGACGUGAGGAAUGCGGGAACCAAUGCCAACGUCUUCAUGCAGAUUUAUGGUGAGCUGGGCAAGACAGAGGUCCUGAUUCUGAGAAACCGGUCAAACAACUAUGAGAGAGGAGCGACAGAAACCUUCAAGGUAGAAGCUGCGGACGUUGGCAAGGUCUACAAGAUUCGAAUUGGCCACGACGGGAGUGGCAUUGGGGACGGCUGGUUCUUGGAAACUGUCACGGUUAAGAAGAUGCCGACAAGGGAGGAAAAGAAGAAAAAGAAGAAGAAGAAGAAGAAGUCUCCUGAAGAAGCGGAGGAAGAGGAGGAGCCUCAGGAGAUAGAUAUUAUGGAGGUUUAUCAGUUUGAAGCCCACCGAUGGCUGGCCAGGGAUGAAGAGGACAAGGAGCUGGUGGUGGAACUAAUACCAGAGGAUGGAGAGGAAAUUGAAGCAAACUUGUAUGAAGUCAAUGUUAUCACUGGGGGCGUGUGGGGCGCCGGAACGGAUGCUAACGUUUACCUGAGCAUCUAUGGUGAAAGAGGAGACACCGGAGAGAGGCACCUGAAGCGCUCAGAUCACCUCAACAAAUUUGAGAAGAACCAGGUGGACGUAUUCACUGUUCCAGCCAUUGAUCUGGGAGAGCUCAAGAAGGUUCGCAUCCGCCACGAUAACACCGGAAGCAAUCCCGCUUGGUUCCUGGAGAGGAUCGAGGUCAUUGACACCAACGAGGACAUCACUUAUUAUUUCCCAUGCCAGAGGUGGCUGGCAGUGGAAGAAGACGACGGUCAGGUUGCCAGAGAGCUGGUCCCAGUGGACGAAGCCUUUGUGCUGAAGGAUACAGACGAUUCUGGGUCUCUUGCAACACUCGGCCUGGAACAGAAAGCUCAAUCCACGACGUUUACCGUGACUGUGAAAACUGGGGACAAGAAACGUGGUGGGACGGACGCCAACGUCUUCAUCGUCCUUUAUGGCACCAAAGAUGAUACAGGGACGAUUGGCCUGAAGGCUUCUAAGACGAACAAGAACAAAUUUGAGCGAGGAAAGAUUGAUGUGUUCACGGUGGAAUGUGUGGACCUCGGAGACCUAAAAAAAAUUAAGAUUGGCCACGAUAACACAGGUAAAGCUCAAGGUUGGUUCUUGGAAUGGGUAGAAGUGGAUGCCCCAUGCCUGGGGCUGUGUCUUGUGUUCCCUUGUGGCCGUUGGCUGGAUAAAUCAGAAGACGAUGGAGCCAUUGAAAGAGUUCUCUUCCCUGCAACCCUACAGACCAGGACAUAUGUCCCAUUUGUUCCCUACGAGGUCACUGUUUACACAAGUGAUAUUUUUGGAGCUGGGACUGAUGCAGACGUCUUCAUUGUCCUGUAUGGAGCUGAUGGGGUUUGCACUCGCCAGAAAUCCUUGUGCCAAAACAAGAGGGAGCGAAGAAUGUUCUUUGAGAGGAACACCGUGAAUCAGUUCAUUGUUGAGUUGGAGGACAUUGGGGACAUUCUUGAAAAGAUCCGCAUUGGGCAUGACGGCGCAGGGAUUAAUCCUGGUUGGCAUCUUGAUAAAGUGCAGAUACGAAGGCUUUUACCCAAUGGAAAGGGUUCUGAAAAAACAACGUUUCCUUGUGAGAAGUGGCUGGCCACCUCUGAAGAUGAUGGCGAGAUUAUGAGGGAGCUGGUUCCAUCCAGAGUCUUUACUGAAAAACUGUUGAAAGAUGGGACGCUCAAGCAGAUUGAUGAACUAAUUGAUGAUCCGCUGGAAAUCCAUACGUACAAGAUUAGCGUUUUCACCGGCGAUAUUUUCGGCGCUGGGACGGAUGCCAGCGUGUUCUUGACGAUAUAUGGAGACCUGGGAGACACAGGGGAGAGACAACUCAGCAGCUCUGAAACGAACAUGAACAAGUUCGAAAGAGGACAGGAAGACAUAUUCUCAAUCCAAGCCGUGGACCUCGGUGCUGUCUUCAAAAUCAACAUUCGGCAUGACAACACGAACCCAAGGCCAGAUUGGUACCUAGAGAAAAUAGAGAUCCUGAAUGACAACACAGAAGAAUUGUUCCUGUUUCCGUGCGAACGCUGGCUCUCGAGGAAGAAGGAGGAUCUGAUGACAGAGCGAGUCCUUUUUGAAAAAAACUACGAUCCUGACAAAAAAAACGUCGGUGACUCAUCCCUGAGCCGGGACAACAAUGCCAACAUGAAGGAUAAGAAAACAGACAGUUCGAGUGAAUCUUCUCCGGAAGGGCCAUUAAUUCCUUACCACAUCAUUGUCACCACGGGUGCCGAGCUGGGUUCAGACACCGACAGCCGCGUCUAUAUCAUCAUUUCGGGUCCCCGGAAGCUGCAGACGGGCCGGCUGUGGCUUGACCUCCCAGAUGGACAGACUGAGUUUGCAGAUGCCUCCGUGGAGAAAUUCUCCGUCAUGGGACUGGAUGUGGAAGAAGUCAAAAGUAUGGAGGUGGGUCAUGAUGGUGCCACACCAGAAAGCUCCUGGCUCUUGGAAGAAAUAACCAUCAUUGUGCCCACCAAAGGUGUCAUGUAUACCUUUGUCUGCAAGUGCUGGCUGGCCAGAGACAUGGGAGAUGGACUUACCUCGCGGGUCUACAACAUCCUGGAUGCAGACUGUGUCAACGUUGGCCUGAAGAUUCUCUAUGAGGUGACCGUUGUGACUGGCGAUGUCUCACACGCCGGUACGGAUGCUGGUAUUUUUAUAGUGCUCUUUGGAUCUAACGGGUGCUCUGAAGAGAUGCAGCUGGAAAAAAACGGAGUCAGAUUUGAGAUCGGCCAAAAGGACACCUUCAUCAUGGAGAUUCCUGACAUUGCACCACUCAGGAAGAUGAGGAUACGGACGGAUGGAGAAGGGUGUCGCCCAGAUUGGUUUCUCGAACAGAUCACCAUGAAGAAUCUGACCACUCAAGAGGUGACCGUGUUUGCAUACAAUGAAUGGCUCUCCACGCAGUGGGGAGACAAUCUCACCCUGGAAUGGGAGAUUCCGGCAGUAAUCGAUGAUGAGCAGAUGAUGGAUUAUACUGAAUAUACGAUUCAGGUUAAAACCAGCGAUGUCGGAGCGGCUGGAACAGAUGCCAAUGUCUUCAUGAUCAUCUUUGGGGAGAACGGGGACUCUGGGACUUUGGCUCUUAAAGAAGCAAACACGUCCAACAAAUUUGAGAGGAACCAGUUGGAUGUUUUCUAUUUCUCCGAUAUACUCAGUCUUGGGGAUCUCUGCAAAGUGCGGAUCUGGCACGACAAUACAGGGAUAGCGCCCGGCUGGCACUUGGAGUACAUCGAUAUAGAAGACUCCCUGAUGGACAAGAUGUUCCGCUUCCAGUGUGAUCGCUGGCUGGCGAAGAGCGAAGAUGAUGGGCAGCUCCUCCGAGAGCUGGCUUGUGCCAAUAAUGACAUCCUGGAACUGAAGGAACGCACCUCUUACAAGAUCGAGACAGUCACGAGCGACCGAGAUGACGCAGAGACAAAGGAGAACGUCUCUCUUAUUUUCGAGGGGAAGAAGGGACGGUCAAAAGAGUUCCUUCUGGAGAACUCACCCAAAAAAAGGAGAUUUUUAAGAGGAGCAACAGACGAAUUUGAGUUCGCUUCCAAGAAUGUCGGCGAUAUUGCGGCCAUCUGUGUUAGUCACUGUCCAAAAGAUGGAAAGAAAUCAAGUGUGAAAACAGAAGUCUGCUGGCAUGUUGAGGAGAUUAUCGUCACGGAGUUGGAACUUUUCAACCAGUAUUUCUUCAGGUGCAAUGCAAAAAUACCACUCUGCAGGAAAAGGGGCGACCACAAGGUCUUUGAGUGUGCCAAGGUGAUCGAGAGCUUUGCCAGCAAAGCUCGGAGUUUGGUGCCAGUCAAAUAUGAGGUCAUUGUUGUGACAGGGUUUGAGAAGGGGUCUGGCACAGACGCCAACGUCCUGAUUACCAUAUUCGGAGUGAACGGGGACUCCGGCAAGCGGGCGCUCAAACAGAAGUGCCGCAACCUCUUUGAGCGGGGCAAUACCGACCGGUUCUACUUGGAGAUCCUUGAGCUUGGGGAGUUGAAAAAAGUCCGCAUUGAGCACGACAGCACUGGGAUCUCGUGCGGAUGGCUGGUGGAACGGGUGGAGAUCACCAACUCCGCUACAGGCGUGACCACAAAUUUCCCCUGCGGGAAGUGGCUGGAUCAGAAUCGAGGCGAUGGGUUAACCUACAGAGAGCUGUUUCCAAGGAAUUAAUGGCAACGUUAAAUGUACAUUUUUUUCAUGAAAUCCUUAAACCUGGCUGGGCAAUGGUGUUUCCCAGUCUGGGUCCCUGUUCCUGUUCUUCCCCCAUCUUAAAAAGAAUGUCAAAACAAACCCAUUUUUGCUUACCAUGUAAAUUUAAACCAACCAGUUUCCUUUCAACGGGCUUCCAGGCUUCUGCUACAGAAUAUUGGCAGUUUACCCCUAUUUUGUAAAAAUAUGCGCCUCUUCGGUAAAAUUUUCAUUGCACUUAAAACUUCUUUUCUCCUUGUUUAAAUCAUUUCGGAGCAAUCCACAAAAAACGUUAAUGCGCAGUUCAUUUGUCAUUAUAGUGCCUGUUCACUGGAAAACCUUUACUACAAUUCCUUUAAAAUGCUGUGUUUUAACAUUUUUAAUUAUUGCUGUUAUUUGAUUUAUCCUCUUUUUUAAUUAAAAAAAGAAAAAAUACUUUAACGAAAAGCAACUUACAUGAAAAACAGAAGGCGCUUUUCUCUGAUUAAAAACAUUUCCAGUGUGUGCGAUGGAGCCAUUUUAACUUUGCCAGAUUAUAUGCUGGUACUUAAGCAUGAAUAAAGUUGACUUU